UAAAAAAAUUCAAGGGGACAAACAGGCGGCCAUAAGAAGAAAAGGGCUAAAAAAAUUCAAAGGGACAAACAGGCGACUAAAACAAGAAAAGGGCUAAAAAAAUUCAAAGGGACAGACAGGCGACUACAACAAGAAAAGGGCGUGGCAUUUACGUACACACCCACACUCUAAUAUAUAUAGACUCUCCAGUCUCUUAGGGUUGAUCAAGAGCACAGAGACGAAGCUGAGCCAAAAAAAAAAAACAGAGCACAGACACGAAGAUGGCCUCCAAUAAUGGAUGCUCCAUGAAACCUCAUGUGGUCUGUUUGCCCGCCCCGACUCAGAGCCACAUCGGUGCCAUGCUCAAACUCGCCAAACUCCUCCACCACCAAGGCCUCUGCAUCACCUACGUCAACACGGAGUUCAACCACAGGCGCCUGCUCGAGGCCAGAGGCGCAAGCUUCCUUAAAGCUCUCCCAGCCGGCUUCCAGUUCAUGGAGAUACCGGACGGACUUCCACCGUCAAAGGCCAAUGCCACACAGUCUAUUGUCUCCCUGUGCGAGUCCGUUAAGCUAUACAUGGGGGCUCCAUUCUGUGCCCUCAUCGAAGACCUGAACGAGAGGGCGUCUUCAGGUUCUGGCUUUCCACCGGUCUCUUGCAUCGUAGCGGAUGGUUUCAUGACGUUCUCAGCCUAUCCUGCCAGUGAGAAGUUUGGGAUCCCUGUCGUGAACUUGUGGACUAUACCAGCAUGUGCCCUGAUGGGAUUACUACAUUAUCCUAAGCUCCAGGAAAAGGGCUUAACUCCACUAAAAGAUGAAAGUUACCUCACAAAUGGCUUCCUAGAAACCAAAAUUGAUUGGAUUCCUGGCAUGACGAACAUGAGAUUGCGUGACAUGCCGAGUUUCUGCCGAACUACGGAUCCAGAUGAUUUCGUAUUCCAUUUCAUGGCAGACGCUGCUGCAAGAUUUGAUAAGGCUUCUGCGACCAUCAUCCACACUUUUGAACCCCUUGAGGUCGAUGUUUUGAGUGCUCUCUCGUCUAUGUUCUCUAGGACUGUUUACACAAUCGGCCCGUUUCAACUACUUAUCAAUAGGAUUUUAGAAAAUGGGAACCAUUUGAAGCACAUGGGUUGCAACCUAUGGAAAGAAGACAAGGAGUGUCUCAAGUGGCUCGAUUCGCAGAAACCUGAAUCAGUGCUCUACAUUAAUUUCGGAAGCAUAGCAUUUUUGACAUCGCAACAAUUGGUUGAGUUUGCUAUGGGGAUCGCUAAUAGUAAACAUCCAUUCCUAUGGAUAAUUAGACCCGACCUAGUGGACGGGGACACCGCAGUGUUACCUCCUGAAUUCACCAGUGAAACAAAGGGGAGAGCCUUUAUAACUGAAUGGUGCCCUCAAGAGGAAGUACUCAACCAUCCUUCGGUCGGAGGGUUUCUAACCCAUUGUGGAUGGAAUUCAAUGAUUGAGAGCUUGUCUGCCGGAGUCCCAACGUUGUGUUGGCCUUAUUUCGGCGACCAACAAACAAUUUGCAAGUAUGCCCGUUCAGACUGGGAGAUCGCACUAGAGAUUGGCAGUGAUGUGAAACAAGACGAAGUGGAGGGGCUCGUGAAGGAAUUGAUGGAAGGAGAGAAAGGAAAGCAAAUGAAGAAAAGGGCAACGGAGUGGAAGCGACUAGCCUUCAUCGCAACAAGAGAAGAAGGUUCGUCAACUAUAAAUUUGGGUGAAAUAAUAUCCGAUAUUAUGUCUAAAUAAUUCGUCAAUUAACUACUAUUAUCGAUCAAAAUGGGUUAUAUGGAAACUCAAUAGCCAUGUUACUACUUGAUAAUGUGUUUCCUGCGGAUGUAAAGAUGAGUUCUUUCGGAAACUAAUGCAAAUACCAUUUUAUACGCCAUUUAAAUGAUUUUAAAAUCACGAUGCUUCGAUGUGUUCUUUUUUUUUUUUUGGGUAGGUAUGCUUCGAUGUUUUUCAAAUAAAGACAAAUA